CUAGCGGGGAAAUUCAGGACACAAGUGUCCCAGGGGGGAGGGACGGGACGCGGCUCAUUCAAACCCUUCUAUGGGCUCUGUGCUCAGCGACGGGGUGGGCGCCCUGUCCUGUAAUGGUGAUUCUUCGGACACUGGGAGCCCCAGGUAGAUUAAAGCCUAGCCCGGGAGGGGAGCGCUAUAUUGAGCAGAUCGCUGCCACGUAGCCAUCCAGGACCCAACGGGAGAGCUUGUGCUCACCGUAAUCUCCCAGAUGCCAAGGGACCCUUCGCCAGAGUUGGUUUGGGGACUUGGGACUGGCUCUUUCGGGAUGUGCUUCUUGCAGGGGGGUGGAGGGGGCGGGUGAUACGGAAACGGUGUUGGAGGGAGGCACGGAUGGCCCCCCGGACCCAUAGACAAUAGUAGCGGAUGGAACCGCCCAGCGGCUUUUCCUGUAGGAAACUGCCCUGUCUUUUUGAAUCUGACCUGGUUGUGUUUGUUUGGGGAGGGGUGUGUGUGAUAAACCAAGGAUCCUUGUUCUACCAUGCUCUACCCCCACCCCACGUCAUGAAUCUGAGAAUCCCGCCAACAUUAACGGGGUGCCAUCAUCAGAGCCUUAGGCUGUCUGGUGGCUACUCCAGGAAACAUGGCCAAGUUUGUCCUGAAUCAGAACCUGCCUGACCUGGGCGGCUCUCGCCUGUACCCAGGCUCCACUGGGAGUGCUCGCAGCCCUAGCUCUCCCUACUCGGUGGAGACACCCUAUGGCUUCCACCUGGACUUGGACUUCCUCAAGUAUGUGGAAGAACUCGAGCGCGGUCCUGCCUCCCGCCGAGCUCCAGGCCCCCCGCACACACGCCGCCCGCAGGCCCCCCGAACUGGCCUUGCGGGGGCGCGGAGCCCAGGCGCCUGGACCUCUAGCGAAUCCCUGGCCAGUGACGACGGCGGAGCGUCGGGCGCACUCUCUCCUGGGGCGUUCUCGGGGCUCCUGCUACCUCCGCUGUCGCCCCGCUCCUUCUCGCGCAAUCCGCGCGUGGAGCACACGCUCCUGGAGACCAGCCGACGGCUGGAGCAGGCACAGGCACAGGCACGGGAGCACGCGCUCAGCCCGGCCCGUGCGGUCACGCGCAGCCCGCGUGGGUCGGGCCGUAGUAGCCCCGCCCCCAACCCCGCCCUUGCUUCACCCGGCCCGGCCCAGCUGCAGCUGGUGAGGGAGCAGAUGGCCGUGGCCCUGCGGCGCCUGCGCGAGCUGGAGGACCAGGCACGCGCUCUGCCCGAGCUGCAGGAGCAGGUGCGCGCGCUGCGCGCCGAGAAGGCGCGGCUACUGGCCGGGCGCGAGCAGCCGGAGCAAGAAGCGGAGGCGCGCCCAGAUAAGCUCUCCCAGCUUCGGCGCCUGACUGAACGUCUGGCCACCUCAGAUCGCGGAGUCCGCUCCAGGGCCAGCCCCCGGGCUGACGAUCCCGACGGGUUGGCUGCCAGGCGCAGCGAAGGCGCUCUGCAGGUCCUCGACCCGGUGUCUAGGACACCCGAUGGGGAACCCCAGACUCGGGAGGCGGGCACCGAAGUCGUGCCCGAGACCCGAGAGGCGGAUGCCCAGGCAGUACCUGAGACAGGGGAGGCUGGAGUGGAGGUGGUCCCUGACACUGUUGAGGUGGACACGUGGGUGACCGAGGAACUGCUGGGGCUACCUGAGGCUGCAGAGCGUGAGCUGGAGCUGCUCCACACCAGCUUGGAGCAUCAGCGCGGGGUGAGCGAACUCUUGCGAGGUCGAUUGAGGGAGCUGGAGGGGGCCUACGAGGCUGCAGUGGCCAGGCCUCAAUCUCGAGAGGUGGCCACCCAGACCCAAUUGGGUUGCACUGAAAAGACCACGCAGACCGAGCUCUCAGUGGAGAACCAGCCCAGACCAAUGGCUGGAGACAAGGAGGUGGCCCCUGCUGGCAUCCUCAAAUCCAUCAUGAAGAAAAAAGACGGUACUCCAGGUGCCCAAUCCAGUCAGGGACCCAAGAGUCUGCAGUUCGUUGGGGUCCUCAAUGGAGAGUAUGAGAGCUCCUCCAGCGAGGAUGCCAGUGACAGUGACAAUGAAGAUGGCGUUGCUGAACUCCCCAGGAGUAGCUCUUCUGGGUCAGGCGAUGAUAGUGGGGGAUCUGACGCUGGAACUCCUGGCCCCGACAACGACCAAGACUCAGAACCUGAGGCACAGCUAGAGCCGAAGGCAGGGACAGAAGGGAGGUGUGAACUGAGCCCGCGUUUGAGGGAGGCAUGCAUUGCUCUGAAUCGACAGCUGAUCAGGCCUCGUGGAGUUGCCAGGGAUGGUAACGCAGCACGCCUUGUGGCCCAGGAAUGGUUUCGAGUGUCCAGCCAAAAGUGCUCUCAGGCUGAACCUGUGGCAGGGGUGCUUCGAGGGGUGAAGAGCCUGGGGCCUGAGCUGCUGGCUCAUGUGGUGAACCUGGCUGAUGGCAAUGGAAACACAGCCCUGCAUUACAGUGUAUCUCACAGGAAUUUGUCCAUUUCCAGCCUGCUACUGGAUACAGGAGUCUGUGAUGUCAAUCAUCAGAACAGAGCCGGCUAUUCUGCACUCAUGUUGGCUGCACUCACUUCUCUAGGGCAGGAGGAGGAAGACAUGGCUGUGGUCAAGAGACUUUUUAGCAUGGGUGAUGUCAAUGCCAAGGCUAGUCAGACUGGGCAGACAGCUCUCAUGCUGGCUAUCAGCCACGGCCAUCAGGACAUGGUAGCUGCCUUGCUGGAAUGCGGGGCUGAUGUCAACGUACAGGAUGCUGAUGGUGCCACAGCACUGAUGUGUGCCAGCGAGUACGGACGCCUUGAUACAGUUCAGUUGCUGUUGGCCCAGCCAGGCUGUGACCUAACCAUCUUAGACAAUGAGGGGACAAGCGCCCUAGCCAUUGCACUGGAGGCAGAACAGGAUGAGGUGGCUGCACUGCUCCACGCUCACCUGACAUCAAACCAUGACGUUCAGGGUCAGUCUCCCCCAGGCACACCCAGCUGAAGGAUACAGUGACAAAUGACCCAACCUCUUUUAAGCAGCUGCUACCCUAUACCUGGACUGCAGGAGAUACUUUCCUCUUAUGUCUGAGCUUCUGAACCACAGGAGGGCACCUUGUGCAGAUGCCUGAGUAAUGAUAUAGCUCUCAACCCACUCACUUCAUAAAACAUCAUUCCCAAUAAAGCAUUCCUACUGAACUUGUA